AUGCUUCAACAAUUCAACGAAAAUUAUAUCGUGUCAACUGAAGCUUCCCAGAGUCCUCCUCUCCCUCCUCUCCUUGCUACAGGUAAUACAGGUAAUUCUUCUGAACCUUCUUUACAACAGCAUCAACAACCCCUUCUAUCACAUCCAUUUCCACAAUCACCUGCUCCUCAACCGCCAAUCUUUUCUUCCUCGCCACUACUCGCUUGUUAUGAUUUUCGUGACAUAAUUGCGCCAUCACAACUACCACAGGGCGAACAUCUAGAUAUUACGGAAUUUAAACAAUACGAUAGAGAAAAAUAUGAAAGUUCUAAAACUGGUGUUAAUAAUUGUAAUAGGAGACGAAGAAAACAAACACAAAUACGUGUCGAAGAUUGUGAUACUGCUUCUUCGUUGGAUGGAUAUGACGAUGAUGAUAUCAGUAACAAUAUUAAUAUCAAUAAUCAAUCAACACAUGCUGAAAUACGUCGUCAAAUGCAUAUUCAAUCUGAACAGAAAAGACGUGCAGAAAUCAAAGAUGGAUUUGAAGACCUUCGACGUCUUUUACCAAUUUUUAACCAUAGUCGUAAGAUGAGUAAGGCAUUGUUGCUUCAAAAAACUGUCUCCCAUAUAAAAAAUAUGAAAACAAAAGAAUGUUAUCUUUUAGAUGAAAUUAAUCGACUCAAUCAUUAUAUUAAUUAUUUGGCCACUGAACUUGAAAGAGAGAAAAGAUUGCCAGAUAGUAACAUGUUAGUUAAGAAGAAUGCAUCGAUGACGUCGGCACGACUUUGUGAAAUGUGUGAACGUUUAAAUGAUGGAGAUCAGAGAAUUAACGAUCUUGAUAAAUUACUCUUUUCAGAAUUGAAAACUAAAGAUAAUUUCUGUUUUAUAAAGUUGCCAUGA